AUGGAAUUGACUAAAGAGAAAGUAUUUAUGUUCUCUGAAGAACGAGAGAAAUUUAAGAAAUUUAUUAAAGAAGUUAGUAAACAAGAAAAAGAAGGGAAAUAUUGUUUUGAAGAAGCAGAAUUUAAAUUUAUUAAACAAAAAGCAAAGAAUGAAAGAGUAAUAGAAGGAUUAGAUACAGAAAAUGGAAUAUUACAUACAUUAUUAUAUAGAAUGAAAAAUGGAUUAAGGUUGAAUAAACAUUUUGGGUUAUUAAGAAACAUCAAUAGAGCACAAAAUGAAGUAAUAGAAAUUCACAAUAAAUUAAUAGAAUGGAUUGAAAUAUCAUAUACCAAAGAAGACUUAAUAAAAGUUAUUAAUAUAGUUAUAGGAGAAAUAUUAAUGAUUAAUAAUGAGAGAGAGAAAAUUAAAAAAGUAGUUAAAAUAAUAGAAAUGUCAAUGAAUAGAGGACAUGAUAUAGUAAAUAAACUAGUGUUUGAAACGAUUGUUGUUAGAUUAGACACUAUUUUACAAACACGAAUAAGUGAUUUAAAUGGGAUUUACAGAGGAUUUCAGAAUCUUAUUUGGAAAUAUUCAGAUGAAGAAAUUAAAGAAUUAAAAGAAUUACCAAAAUUUAUUGGAGAAGAAAUAGAAGAAACAAAGAAAACUGCAAAAGUGAUAUUAGAAAAUGUAGUUAUAGAACAAAGAAAAACAAACAAAAUUCAAAGUCAAAUUAUUACAAAGAAAAGAGAAGAAAAUAAACCAAAAAAGUCUGAGAAGGAUAUUAAGAAAAAGAAACAAUUAUCAAAAUUAUUAAGUAAGAUGUAA